AUGCCAACGCCCAGGGCUUGCACAGGAGCAGCACAUAUCCCCGGUGUUGGUGACAUAGUUGUUGGUGGGUUUAGAAGAAUUAGAAAUUUACUACAGAAUGCCAACAAAGCUGAAAUCUUUUUGACAACUGCAUCGCCUCUUGGACAUGCAGGCAGUUGGUGUGAAAUCACUCCCAUGCUUCAUUCGAGGUUAUAUCCUGCAGCAGAAUUCUUCAAUGGAAAUGUAUAUGUCGUUGGUGAUUUUGAUAAUUCAACUUCUUCUGUGGAGAUGUUGUCCUUAUUUUCUGAAGGAUCUCCCCAGUGGACCGAAGUGAUCGACGCCUCCUCUAGUACGAAUUCGAUGAUCUCUUUUAAUGGGAGUCUUUUGUUUAGUGGUGAGUCAUGUUUACUUCAAUUCAAUUAUUUCGAAAUGAAGUAG